AUCAGUAUAGUUUUAACAAGAACUUCAAAGACAAAAUCAUCAAUUUAAAAAUCCCGACUGUCUAAAUAAAAUGAUUUUUUUUAACAGCUGACAUGUAUAUGUGUUGUAACUUAAAUGUAUAGAAAACCAGAUCUUGUCCUCAUUCUUCCUCCAUACGACGCAUUUCCUUUCCCGUAGUGAACAAUGACUGUGUUUUGAUGUUGUGACUGUUUGAUAUAAUGAACAACACAUUUCCGAUUUGGACGAGUCACUUGAAAUUCAUCUUGUUUACACUUUAGAUUAAUUAAUAACAAAAUGUCUGUCUUAUUUUGCCUCGAAAAAACUUUGGUUCGGAGAGUUAUUGUGAUACUUACAGUUGCUUACAGCGUACGACCACAAGAAAAAGAUGGAGACAUGAGUUUAUGGAUAAACAGAUGUACACUUAAAGUCAAUUGGACAAUUCAAACCAAUCCAGAUGGAUGUUUUCCGAGUUUAUACAGUGUUCGACUUUUAAAGAACAAUCAAGAAAUCACAACGAGUGGCACCACGCUUACCAGUUAUUCGUUUGAAGGAACUGACUCAGAGUCGACAUACCGGGUCAUAGUUUCGCCAAUUCUGGAAUGUAACAACGGUUCUAGACCCCGUGGAAAUAGCUUGGACCACAGUAUUUCAGCUAUCCCGAGAAGUCAACAAACCUUUAUAACCAAAUAUAUUUCUGACGACUUCACUUUACAAUGUCCACUAAAUGGGUCUUACACACCAUUCAGUGUGGAGUGGGAGCACAAAAUAGGGAUCGAUUCAACAAUAGUUAGAAAAUUUACUACCCCGGAAAUCACUCUUAAAGACGUAUCGUACAAGGACUCGGGAAAAUAUGUCUGCACUGUUGGAUUUUAUUCCUGUGGAGGGUCAGGACUUCAAAUGAAGCUUACAAGUUCGGUCAGUUUGAACUUAAACGGUAAAAAAGGUGUUUUAUAGCCAUUUACAUACGUC